AUGCAGAUACUGACUGAACCGACGGGAACCAGGCAAGUCGUCGAUAACGCUGCGGCUGGUCCGAAGCCAGUGGACUCACGAAGUGAAGAGAUCGAAGGGCUAACUGUCGCGGUCGUAGAAGACUCCUACUCGGUGACUCGGACGGUCGACGGGCUGCCGUACUUCCUCUCUCUCACAGACACUGCCGGCCAGGAGGAAUAUCGCGGCCUCUGGGCUGCGUCGAACCUCAACUCCGAUGCCUUUCUGCUCGUCUACGAUAUCACGAACGAGCCCACGCUCGAGACGCUGGGCCACUUCAUGGAGAUGAUUGACAUGGAGACGGAGAACAGAGAGGAACAGAACAUCCGUCUGCUCAAGCAGUUCUAUCGAGACUAUCCCGGCCAGGAACCGGGCGAGCUGCCCCAGAUAGGCAUGCCACCCCCCGUCAAGAUCAUUGCUGGAAACAAGUGCGAUCUCAAGGAUGCCCGGGUCAUCAGCUCCAGACAGGGCCUCGAAUGGGCCAGGAGCAGAGGAUGCGGCUUCAUGGAGACCAGUGCGUGGGAGAUGGUCAAUAUCGAGGAGACCUUCGCCUUGAUUGUACGGCGGGUGGUGGAAGCCCGCAGAAAACACCGCGAGCAGCAGAUGGCCCAGCUCCGUGCAUUCAGAGAGGCAGAGCAACUGAACUCUGCAUCUCGAUUCUUCUCCGCCGCCUGCAGGCGGACCACGGAGCCCAUAGCUCUCAGCCAGACAGCGCCUCUCACCACAGAGGAGAGACAGGACCUGACGGGACGCAGCAUCAGCUCUGACGCACGCUCCCAACGGCAGAGCCUCUGGUUCACUGUCCAAAAGGCCCUGACCAGACGAGCUAACGCAGCAAACUCGAAACGUCCCAGGUCCGACCAGUCGAUCCCCAACCUCAAACAGUGGGAGGACCAGGGUCACAGCCAGGGGCAGUCUCGUCCAGGAACCCUGUCUACACGAUCGAGCAAGAAACCCGACCCGGACAUGGGUGAGCCGGCCUAUUCUAACACAAACCUCAGGCAUCAACAGCCAGAGCCAACCGCUGGCCUUGUAGGGGGGUUCAAGCCUGCAGAGCGCAUCUCUAUACCAUGGUGGAAGAUACUAUGCUCUUGCAGCCGCAGCUAG